AUGACUUCGCCCUCCACGCCACGGUCCACGCGCACCGCGUCGGCGGCGGGCGACUCUCCCAAUAUCCUCACUCCAGGACAGAAGAUCAAAGCCAUGAUGGCUCAAUUCGACAGUGAUUUUGAAUCCGACACCCAGGCCACCAACUCUUAUCAGGAUGUCUCGAGGCUGGACUUCAGACACAAUAAGACAUCUAUGGGGAGAGCGUCAUCGCGUCAAACCAAUGACUCGGCAGACGACUCAGAUGACGCAGACGAGGUCGUAAGGCCUAAAGGUCGGAUGGCUGCCCGCAUGCAAGGUGAUGCGAAUAAUGUGAAUUCGCUGGAAGAGCAACAAGUCUCUGCAUUUUUUCGAUUGUCCAAGGCCCUUCGAUCUGAGAGAGAAAAGACACAGAAGCCGCAGCAUCAAAGCGCUUCCCCCCAAGCCGAUUCUAGUGACGACGAUCUACCUCCUGCUGGAUUCAAGAGAAGACAAAAUGCCUCAGCCAAGCAAACCACAACGACGGCGAACGAAGACGAGACUGCUUUACACUCAGCACAGGAUGCAAACUCCACCUCUCCCUUAUUUGUGUCUUCUCCAGCCGCCCCACAAACUAAUUUCAACAACGAUGACGAGAACGCCCACGACAACUCUGAAGAGCAACCAAAAUCCAAUGCUAGAUUUCUGGCUCUUGUCGCUCAGAAACGUAAAGAACGCGAGGAGCGGGAGCGAAUCGAAGCUGAUAAAAAGGCCGCAAGGCGGUCUCAGAUGGAGCAGUUCAGCUCCGAGAUACAGUCUGGCGAGGGAGAGGAAAGUGAAGCGGAUGAUGGAGGGUAUGGCCAAAAACUGAGUCAGAAAACGCGUCAGCCGCGAAAAGCAAGCAAGAAGGCCAUGGAGGAGAUGAGCCGGGAAACACAGCGCAUGAGCCGAAACAUGCAAUUAGCCCAUCAAGCUCAGACCAAGAAAAAGAUCACCAAGGAAAGCCUUUUUGCUCGGUUCAAUUUCAUGCAGCCUAGUGCUCCAGCAGAAAUAUCUGCCGCCAAUUCCUCUUCGAAUGCAGGUUCGCAGAACUCUUCCGAUGGAGAGAGUCCUCUUAAAAAAAACGGUACCCCACAUACCUCCCCCAUCCUUGGACCGUCGGAUACGGACAAGUCUGCUGGCCUAGACGUGCCUAAGGAGGGGUUGGCCGCAAUUGAUGAGAAAGCCAAGGAUACUUCGCUGCCCACCCUUGGAGAAGCCAUGGCUUCUGCCCAUGAUGUCCAGGAGCAGGCCAAACAGCCGAGUGUGCCCGCUGUCCUGAAUGCCGACCUCAAGCCCGCUUUCAACCCCGCUGGUCACAAAAAGGAGCCGCGCAGACCAAGACAGCCCCCUGUUCGGGUACUCAUUUCCCGACAUGAAGUCGCACGGGGCCAACAAGAUGACUCUGAUAGCGACGAUCUGGAAGUCGUCACAUCACCUGGCAAGUCCCGUCGGGUUGCUGCCUUUGAGAAUCUGCCGACCAGGAAACUGCAAGAGUCUGUCUCGAUGACCAAGCUCAAGGCUCUCGCUCAUAUAACCUCACCCAAUCGGAAAACAACGUCAAUGAACCCCGCUGAGCUCUCUGCUAGCUUGUUAUACAAGGCUAGACAGCAAGCUGCGAAAGAACGACGCGAACGUAUCGAGGAGCUCAGGGCCAAGGGUGUCGUCAUUGAAACUGCGGAAGAGCGUGCAGCAAUGGAAGACGACAUGGAAGAUCUGGUGGAGAAGGCUCGCCAGGAGGCUGAUGAGAUUGCGCGACAAGAGCGGGCUGCCAAAAAGAAUGGACAUGAUCUUGAUGACGAGGAAGACGACGAAGACUAUGCUCUUUCUGGCUCUGACGAUGCGUCCAGUGAAGAGGAUGAUGAGGAAGAAGAUGAUACCAACAGCAUCAAUGACAACCCUGGAUUCGUCGACCAGGAGGCGGAAGAAGAUGAUGAAUCCGCUGAUGACCAGCCCGAGGGAGCUCUAUCGGACACAGACGCAGAUGUUGGGGUCUCAGGAACUCGACGGAAGCGACGAGCUCGUGUGGUCAGCGACGACGAAGAGGAAGAUAAUCAACCCCCAUCAACUCCAGUCAGACAGCAAUCCCAUGUGCUCCAGUCAGCCGAGCCGCCUCCAUUCCUAGGGAUGGGAACCACUGGCGAUCAGCCUAUCGGUUUGACUCAGGCAUUUGCCGGGACACUGGCAGAUGAUGACACUGGUAGCCAGCCAGGCUCUACAUCAAUACCUUUCUCUCUUCCUGACCCCGGUCAGCCUAUUCCAAGACUCCGUGCUGAGGAUUCUGAAAUUCUGGUUCGAGACAGCCAGGAGCAGCACCAUGAUGAACCGGAGCUUUCGACCAGCUACUCUCAAAAUGUCACCCGAGUCUCCGAGUCCCCUGCCGCGCACAAUUUCUCCCAAUUUUCUCAGCUUCCUGAUCCGACUCAAGACGAAGGAUUUGUCUUCUCUCCAUUUGAUCCGGCUAAGCGGUUCCGUGGCACCCCGCCAGUAUCGACUGUCGAUACAGUCCUUCUGAGUCAGAACCAGUCUCCGAUUGCGGAGAGAAAGGGCAGGCAGCUUCGACGGGGUCGUGCUGCACAUCUGUCUGCUGUCGAAGAGGAGGAUGGUGAGGGCGACUUUGAAAUUAACCCUAGCGCAUUUAACAUUAUGAAGAAAGCUGCCAAGAAGCCUGCUGUUGCAUACGACAAGAAAAACAGUAAAGCAAAGGGCAUUGUGGACGAAGCUGCUGAAGAGUCUGAAGAUGAAUAUGCUGGUCUUGGAGGUGCCAGUGACGACAGUGAAGGUGAAGAAGAUGCAUACGACCACCAAAUGAUCAAUGACAACAGCGGUGAAGUCGUUGAUGAGAAACAGCUUGCCGCAUUGAACGCUGACCACCAACGAAACCGGGACCAGAAAGAUGUAGCCAAAUUGCUCAAGGAUAUUACCACCGGAGCACUGCGUCGCCGUCGUGGUCCUGAUGACGACUUUGACCUCGAUGACUCGGACGACGAACAUCUAGCACGUCGUCGCGAGAAGCAACGCGAAUUCGCCAAGAUGCGUCGGGCCCUCCUUGCGGAUGACAAGAUUGGUCAACUUGCUGAUAAUCCCAAAAAAGCGGCCUUCUUUAAGGCCAUUGAAGAUCGUGAAAUUGAAGACGACUUCGAGCUGGAGUUCUUGGAAGAGGAACACGGUUCUCAAAAUGAAUCCUCCCAGGACGUUCACGCCCGGGAAAAGAAUGAUUCAACAAAUGACGGCAAGAAGCGCAAGCGUCCACUUGAGCCCUCUGCUGAAGAUGCCACCAACCGUCCCCCACCCCAUCUUCGUCGCACCGCUGCCAGUGUCAUGUCAAAGAAGCCAGCAACGCUCGCUGAGAUCCGCGAGACUUUGUCUUUCCUUACUGAAACCCCCGAAUAUGACUCCUUCCAUGAAGACGCGUCUCUUGACGAAGAAGAUGCUGCUGCCGAGGAGAACGAGACUACAUCUGCCAAUGAUGACGCCUACUCCGAUGACGCUGGAUCGCAGUCCAAAGAUCGUUUCGCUGUGCCCGGACACCCACGGCGGACCCGCGGCAAUAUUGUGGAUCGCAUCGCCCUGCUCCGCCAAGCUUCGUCCAACUCCGCCUCUGCCACGUCUGGGUCUUCUGCCAAUAACAAAAUGGCCUUCCACAACGGUGGAGGCUCUGACGGACCCAUCGCCUCUGGGCCGAAGAAUGGUGGUGCCGUCAAUUCUUACACCGCUGCCCGCGAGAAGGAACGCGAGAGACAGCUGCGUAUGAAAGAACGCAAUGGCGGGUCCAGCAUUGCUAAGCUAUUGAAUAAACAUGCGGGCGGUGGCCUUGGUGCAUUGGCUGGUAAAGGCCAGUGGGAUUAG